AAAAAGGUUGAUAGGUUUGUGCGCGGGUCCCUCGCGCGGGCUGCGCUCCUCCUGGGUGCUAUUUGACAAUUCCUGCCUCUGCCAUUGGUCAGUGUUGGAUCAGAUGGUUGUAUUUCCUUCUGGCCCUCACUGGCACCUCGCCAUCCCCCCUCAGCUAAAACCCAAUCUCAGAUAUACUACUAAUAGGCGCGGCGCUCGGACUAUAAAACACAACAAAUCAUAAAGCCGGCGGAGCAGCAGCGGCCGAGCGCGCCUCCCCUCCCAAUGAGUUCCUAUUUUGUGAACUCCACCUUCCCCGUCACUCUGGCCAGCGGGCAGGAGUCCUUCCUGGGCCAGCUACCGCUCUACUCGUCGGGCUAUGCGGACCCGCUGAGGCACUACCCCGCGCCCUACGGGCCCGGGCCCGGUCAGGACAAGGGCUUUGCCGCUUCCUCCUAUUACCCGCCCGCGGGCGGCGGCUACGGCCGAGCGGCGCCCUGCGACUACGGGCCGGCGCCGGCCUUCUACCGCGAGAAGGAGUCGGCCUGCGCGCUCUCGGGCGCGGAAGAGCCGCCCCGGUUCCACCCCGAGCCGCGGAAGUCCGACUGUGCGCAGGACAAGAGCGUGUUCGGCGAGGCCGAAGAGCAGAAGUGCUCCACUCCGGUCUACCCGUGGAUGCAGCGGAUGAAUUCGUGCAACAGUUCCUCCUUCGGGCCCAGCGGCCGCCGCGGCCGCCAGACCUACACGCGCUACCAGACCCUGGAGUUGGAGAAGGAGUUUCACUACAAUCGCUACCUGACGCGGCGGCGGCGCAUCGAGAUUGCGCACGCCCUGUGCUUGACCGAGCGGCAGAUCAAGAUCUGGUUCCAGAACCGGCGCAUGAAGUGGAAAAAGGAAAGCAAACUGCUCAGCGCGUCUCAGCUCAGUGCGGAGGAGGAGGAAGAAAAACCAGCCGAGUGAAGGCGCUGGAAAGGGAGGGGGGACGCCAAGGGAGCGGCCUGAGGGGAGCCGAGGGCAUCCGAGAGCCCCCCCCCCAAGGCUCUGCGGGCGGGGGCGGGGUCCGGGGGACCUGCUCUCCAGCGCGCUACAGGCGGGGCCCAGCGCUCUUCUGGAUGCCCCCGCCCCGCAGAGCUCUCACUGGGUGCUGGGAGUCCUUGCCGCCUGAGCCCACCCAGCACCCCGAGCGCCCCCUCCGUCCCUACGGGACCCGCUUCAGCCCCAGCAGGCUCCCCCAUGAGAACUGAGGACCGGACUCACUUGAUAUUUCCUGGAAGCAGAGCAAAUGCUCUGGUCCCUGUCGCGUCUCAUUUCGUCCUUGUUCCCCGUGCACGGUUCAAUGGUAGAUUCGCAGUGCCCUCAGCGGGGGGCCUCGAAGACUCCCUGACCCCAGACCUCCCCCCCCCCAAAGCCACUGGAAGGAGCACAUACUACCUAGAAGUAAGAAGAGGAGCCUCAGAAGAAAACAAAGUUCUAUUUUAUUAAUUUUCUAUGUGUUGUGUUUGUAGUCUUGUCUUAGCUCUGGACGUGAAAUACUUCGGUAAUAAUAUUAAUAUUAUUAAUGAUAAUGAUGAUAAUAAUAAUAAAGAUGUAAAAACUC